AUGCUCCUCCUGCGCGCCAACACGCUCGCCGCCGUACCGGCCUCCUUCUCCACGGUGCCGGCGGCGUCCUAUAGUUACUUCCCCUGGCCCUCUUCCUUAUCCACCACUGCCGCGCGCUGCUCCGUCGGCUCCACCGCCAGGCUCGCCGCCGCCGUGCAGUUCGAUCCCCUCCGCUCCGUCUCAGGCUCCGACUCCGACCCGUGGGUGCAGCCCGACGGCGUGGUCACCGCGGAGGGCGGCGAAGAGCAGCAACGCGAUGACUCGGAGGGGGACUCCACCGACUGGGAAGAGGAAGGGCCCCAAGGAUCGGACCCCAAGGGCAUCUCCGGCAUCCACGUGCCGCGCCAGUGCUACAUCGCCGUCCCCAAGGCGGCCCUCCUCGACGCCGUCCUCUCGCAGUUCGCGUCCGACGCCGACGCCGCGGACUUCAAGCGCUGCGCCAGAUGCUUGGACGCCAUCCUUCACGCCGAGCACAAGAGGAUGCUCGAGGAGAUGCGCACCUCUUACAUGCUCACGCAACGCCACCAGGAGGAGGGCGAUGGCAGUGCCACUGACAAUUCUUCGACCUCCGACGUCGUCAACGGCAAAGACUCCUCUGGAUUUUUCGGCAUUACCCAACAAGACGGCACGUUGUUCCUUACUAGAAGCUUAGGCUUGAGAACUCUGCUCGGAUUAACCCCAGACCCUGAUUCCCAGACCAGAGUUGCUUUUGCAACUCAGUUUCAGCGUUCCUUCAUGAACCUACUACGCAAUGCUCAGUUUGAAGAGCUCUCCGCACAAGAUCUGCUCUUGACGUACGCCCUGAAUAGUGAUUACCUCCUCACGCUGCCCAUUUAUGUCGAUUGGAAGAAGGCUGCUCAAUCUAAUGCAAUAAUAUUCAGGCGUGGAUAUGCGACCGAGAGACAGAAAGGCCUCCUGUUGGUUGAGAAACUUGAUUACUUGCAAUCAAAAUUCUUGCAGAAUGUCUUCUUCGGCCUCUCCAAGCCCUUGAAAAAGCCAGGCAAAUGGCUUAAUGAGGCUUUGAAAAGAUCAACAGAUAAUCCGGGAUUUCAGAUCUGGAUCGACAAAUUAAGACUCUGGCUUAAAGAGCAAACUUAUGCAGAUAAUUCACUGCUGUUGAUAGAAAGCUCUUCAUGGGACAAGCUUAGUUCUGAUCAGUUACCUGAUGCAGAUGUUCCUAUUUGGAUCGCUGCACAAAGGGCAGUCUCUCGUUAUGAAGGAAUUCUGUCACCUGUUGGUCCUCGUGGAAGACUGUUAAGAAAAUUGCUUAAAUGGACUGGAUUUAUACCUUCUCUGCCAGAAGCAACGAUAAGAUCCAACAAUGAAACUAAACAUCUUGAAGGACAUGUGAGGCCAAACUUUCUACCAAGAAUUACCCUUGCUAAUAUAUGGGAACCUGCAAGCAGAGAAUCUUGCAAUAACAAUAUCUGGGAGAUAGUGAAAGCUUCUUUUGGUAUUCUGUUUGGGAGGUCUACUCUUCAGGAACCAGCAUUCCAGGAGUUAAUACUACUUUACACUGAUGAAGCUGCUCAAAGUGAAAAGAAGGAUACAUCUGAGAUGCUUCCACUACAACUGAAAAUUUAUGAGAGGAUUCCUAUCCCAGAUCUGCCAGUAGUUUUUCCCCACAAGGAAUUGUCCUUCCGCAUCCUAGAUACAGUAAGGCUAGAUAUUGCUACUGUAAUAGGUCUAUUGGCAUAUGUUGUGAACUACAAAUUUGAGAGUUUAGCCUCAUCUCCGUCAGCUUUUCUUCUUGAUAUAGUUGCUGGUAGUGCACUUGUCAUACUUGUGUUCCGUGUGGCACUGGGCUACAAACAGACCCGGGAUAGAUACCAGCUUCUGGUGAAUAAAACACUAUAUGAGAAGACAUUGGCAAGUGGGUUUGGCUCGGUUUACUUCCUUCUCGAUGCUUCUGAGCAACAACAGUACAAAGAAGCACUUUUGGCAUAUGCGAUGUUACUCUGCAGAAAGAAGUAUCAGGUAUCAUCUCGUGCAAGCAUAAAAGAUACAUGCGAGCAGUUUAUGUACGAGAAAUUCAAGGCAAAGAUUGAGAUGCCGAUUGACAAGGCGAUGGAGACACUACUGCGGCUGGGGCUGGUGAUUGAGCUUCCAACCGAUGGUGGGUCAAGCGUGAUUGGUCUCCCAUGUUCGGAGGCAUACGAAAUCCUGAAAAGCCGUUGGGAUGGCUUGUUGGAACAGGAGACAGAGCAAGCUCUAAUGCCAAAAGAACAGGAUGGAUCCCCCAAGGUGCGCCACCCAGAAUUCCAAAGGAUGCGCGUAACUCUCACCAUAGGCGUCAUUGGUCUCUGUGUCACAGCAUACAUUCUUGGUGCUUGGCAAGGCACCUCAAACGGCAUUAGCUCUUCCUUAAUAAGUACGAGAACCCAGUGCAAAGAUCAUGUGCGGUCAUCUGGUGCUCGCCUUGAUUUCCAAGCCCACCACCAGGUGGGCUUCAAUGAAUCGGCGCUCGCGGUGGAGAAAUUCCCACCUUGCCAGCUCAAGUACAGUGAGUAUACCCCUUGCCAAGAUCCAAGGAGGGCUAGGAAGUUCCCAAAGAAAAUGAUGCAGUACAGGGAGCGGCACUGCCCAAAGAAACAGGACAUGCUCCGAUGCUUGAUCCCUGCGCCUCCAAACUAUAACAACCCCUCCAGUGGCCAAAAAGUCGCGACUAUGCUUGGUUCAAUAACAUCCCUCAUCGGGAGCUCAGUAUUGAGAAGGCUGUUUAGAACUGGAUUCAUGUCGAGGGAGACCUGCUUAGAUUCCCUGGAGGUUGCAAGCUGGGGUGCUUAUCUUAUGAAGAGGAACAUCAUCACCAUGUCUUUUGCGCCAAGGGAUUCUCAUGAGGCACAGGUACAGUUUGCAUUGGAACGGGGGGUACCAGCCAUGAUUGGAGUGAUAGGGACUGAAAGAAUCCCAUAUCCCGCUAGAGCAUUUGACAUGGCGCACUGCUCUAGAUGUUUGAUCCCAUGGAAUAAGCUUGACGGCAUCUAUCUAAUUGAAGUGGACAGAGUUCUUAGACCAGGGGGCUACUGGAUCCUCUCUGGGCCUCCAAUCCACUGGAAGAGGCACUACAAGGGGUGGGAGAGGACAGAAGAAGACCUGAAGCAAGAGCAAGAUGAGAUUGAGGACUUGGCAAAACGGCUCUGCUGGAAGAAGGUCAUAGAGAAAGGUGAUCUUGCUAUAUGGCAGAAACCUAUCAAUCAUGUAGAAUGUGUUGACAGUAGGAAGGUCUAUGAUGCUCCGCAGAUUUGUAAGAGCAAUGAUGUCGAUUCUGCUUGGUACAAGAAGAUGGACACUUGCAUAUCUCCUCUCCCAGAUGUGAAGAGUGAAGAUGAAGUUGCUGGUGGAGCCCUUGAGAGAUGGCCAAAAAGGGCAUUUGCUGUUCCCCCAAGAAUAAUUCGCGGUUCAGUUCCAGGCUUCACCCCUAAGAAGUUCCAAGAGGAUAACAAGGUGUGGUCAGAGAGAGUGAAUCACUACAAGAAAUUGAUUCCACCACUGGGCAAAAGACGAUACAGGAACGUGAUGGACAUGAAUGCAGGGAUAGGGGGUUUUGCAGCUGCAUUGAUGGAGUACCCUCUUUGGGUGAUGAAUGUUGUGCCUUCAGGCUUGGCCCAUGACACCCUCGGUGUUAUUUAUGAACGAGGGUUUAUUGGCACCUACCUGGACUGGUGUGAGGCUUUCUCAACGUACCCAAGGACCUACGACCUUAUCCAUGCUGAUAAAAUUUUCAGCAGUUACCAGGAUAGGUGUGACAUAACGUACAUCCUACUGGAGAUGGAUCGGAUUCUAAGGCCUGAAGGGACUGUGAUCAUCAGGGACAACGUGGAGGUGUUGGUGAAGGUACAAGCUAUCACUGGAGGCAUGAGGUGGAAGAGCCAAAUCAUGGACCUCUCUGGUCCAUUUAACCCUGACAAGAUCCUAGUGGCAGUCAAAACUUACUGGACCGGGAAGCCCGUGGAAAAGCAAUAA